UGUGAGAGAGAGAGAGAGAGAGAGAGAGAGAGAGAGAGCAGUGUUAAAGCGCUGCAGAACGCUGGAACACGCCGACGUUUGGAACUCCUUCCAGCGUUCUAGAACAGGAAUGCUUUUGAUCUGACGCGGAACUCGGAAAAAGAUUCGAACUCGGACAUUCGAACAUUCAAACAAAAUCCGGAUUCUUUUUCUUUGAUCCGGUUGUUGCUGUUGUUGUUGUUUACUUUUUUUUUUUUUUUUUUUUUUGCUCACACCUGGCGGAUUGUUGUGCUGGAAUAUUGCAUCAAUCGGAUCGUCUGUUGUUGUUGUUGUUGUUGUUUUCUUUUUCUUUCUGUUGGAAUAUACAGCAUGCUGAAGUUCAUCCCCGCGCAUAAAUAAACGAUGGACUGAUUUCUGAAGCUCUGAAGCGCGAGCGUCGCGGUAGAAGCACCGAGCAGGAACCGAGGAAGCUUCACGAUGUCCCAAGCCGAAGUGCACGCAGCAGGACUCUUCCCCAAGCUGCCCUCCAGCUUCGACGCCGAUUCGUUCCUCCCCGCUCGUCUGGCGCUCAGGCGGCGGAGACACUCGGCGAGCUCGAGGCGGAACGCGUUCCGGUUUAACAAAAUGCCCACGGCGGAGGAGAGCACCGGCUCCUCCCGCGAGCGCAUCUCGCCUAUCCUGAGCAAAACCCUCUCCUGGUCGGCGGACGACAUUUUAUCCGCCGAGCAGAAGAAGAACAAGAAGAAGAGCAAUGCAGGAGCAGCGGCGGCGGCGGCGGCGGACAAGCAGUGCGCGCGCUCGUCCCGCUCCAGCUCGAGCUCUCCUCCGCGCCGCGCGCAGCGCAACACCGGCAGCGCCACCGCGAAGGGCUCGAGCGCCACAGCGCCGCACGGCAGCACCGACUCCGAGGAGGAAAGCGCGCCCAAGAAAGCGCCCGAGAUCAGCAGGUGGGAGCAGGAGAAAGAGGACGAGGUGGAGACCAAAGCGGUGGCCACUUCACCGGACGGGAGGUUCCUCAAGUUCAACGUGGAGAUCGGGAGAGGUUCCUUCAAGACCGUGUACAAAGGACUGGACACCGAGACCACUGUGGAGGUCGCGUGGUGCGAGCUACAGACGCGGCGGCUGAGCAAAGCGGAGCGUCAGCGCUUUAGCGAGGAGGUGGAGAUGCUGAAGGGGCUCCAGCACCCUAACAUCGUUCGCUUCUAUGACUCAUGGAAGUCCACCGUUAAAGGCCACAAGUGCAUCAUCCUGGUUACUGAGCUGAUGACGUCAGGAACACUCAAGACAUACCUGAAAAGAUUUAAAGAGAUGAAGUUGAAACUUCUUCAGCGCUGGAGCCACCAGAUCCUGAAAGGCCUCCACUUCCUGCACACACGAACUCCACCCAUCAUCCACCGAGACCUCAAGUGUGACAACAUCUUCAUCACGGGUCCCACUGGAUCGGUCAAGAUCGGAGAUUUGGGUCUGGCUACGCUGAAGAGCGCCUCCUUUGCUAAGAGCGUCAUCGGCACUCCUGAAUUCAUGGCUCCAGAGAUGUACGAGGAGAAGUAUGACGAGGCGGUGGACGUUUAUGCCUUUGGGAUGUGCAUCCUGGAGAUGACUACAUCGGAAUAUCCGUACUCAGAGUGCCAGAACGCAGCCCAGAUCUACCGGAAAGUCACCAGCGGCAUGAAGCCAGACAGUUUUUUCAAAGUGAAAGUGCCGGAACUGAAGGAGAUCAUCGAGGGCUGCAUCCGCAUGAACAAGCAGGAGAGGUACACCAUCCAGGACCUGUUAGAGCAUCCCUUCUUCCAGGAGAACAACGGCGUCCACGUGGAGCUGGCUGAGGAGGACGACAUGGUGAAGUCCGGCCUGAAGCUCUGGCUCCGGAUGGACGACACCAAGAAGCUCCACGGCAAGUACAAAGACAACAACGCCAUCGAGUUCCUGUUCGAGCUCUACAAAGACGUCCCCGAGGAGGUGGCCCAGGAGAUGGUGGUGCUUGGGUUUGUGUGUGACGCCGACUACAAGCUGGUGGCUAAGGCCAUCCGUGACCGUGUCACCGCCAUCAAGCGGCAGCGUGAGAAGCUCCGCCGGCUGGCCGACGAGGAGCAGAGGAGACGUCAGGACGAGGUGAUCGAGGAGGAACCCGAGUCCGUUCCCGAGGCAGAACCUCCCGUAUCAAACCUCCCGUCUCUCCAGCCGCAAAUGUCAGUGGAGAGCGGCAUGUUCAGCCCGGUCCAGAUGACCCCCACCGUGACCGUCUCCGCACCGCUAGUGUCCACCGCUAACAGCUCCAUGGACUCGGGGAUUAACGCCAGCUUCACCACCGAGCCCGAGGAACUGGACACAGAGCACCAGCCGCACUACAACAUCCACCACGCCUGCUACUCCUCCGCCACGUCGGAUUGCGAGACGGAUGGCUACCUCAGCUCCUCUGGCCUCCAAGAGCCGCUUGAAGCUUCGUGCCCAACGCCAAGCUCCGUCCCCUCAGUCAUAGCACCGCCCACUGAGGCGAUGAACACUGAUGUGCCAGUUUUUGAAGCUCCACCCACAGAAGCUUCACCUGUAAAGAAUGCUCCAAUCCCAGCACUCCGCUUUCCCUCAAGCAUCGCCGUAUCCCACAAUUCUGAGCGAGUGCAGUCCGGCAGUGCCAGCGGCUUCUCGUCUCCCGUCGACAGUUACGCCUCUGAUGUGACGUCUGGUUUGAGUGACGGAAACGAGGGCCUAUCGGAGAGGAGCAGCAAAGGUCCCAGUAAACGCACAGGAAGUAAACUGCUGAGGAAGAGAGCUCGCUCACGGCUGCGUAUUACAGGGUUGUCAGAUAAGGUGGACCGGGUGGUGGAGUGCCAGCUUCAGACUCACAACAGCAAGAUGGUGACAUUUAAAUUCGACCUGGACGGAGACAACCCUGAGGACAUCGCCACCGUCAUGGCGCAUAACGAGUUCAUCCUGCCGUCGGAGAAGGAAGGAUUCAUCCACCGCAUGAGGGACAUCAUCCGCCGCGCCGAGGCCCUGAUGAGGAGGGAGCCUUUAGAGCCACUCGGGCCUGGAAACGUCCUCCGGCUGCCCUACCUGAGCGGAGCAGGAACUCUGUCAGGCUCUCAGCCCAACCUGCACACACAGGGGCUGGCACGCACACACUCGUCCUCCUCGCUGCCAGAUUACACUGUGGGUCAGGUAACUCGAGGCCCCUCCCCCGGAGUGGGCGGAGACUAUUACCUCGAUCCUGAUGCAGCUAUACCUGUGCGUCCUCUCCGCUCACAGUCUUUCCACACCUCAGAUUACACAGCCGCAAAUAUGGUUCAGGUAAAUCGAGGCCCCUCCCCCGGAUUGGGCGGAGACUAUUACCUCGAUUCUGAUGGGGCUGUACCCUUGCGUCCAUUCCGCUCACAGUCUUUCCACACCUCAGAUUAUACAGCCGCAAAUGCAGGUCAAGUGACCCGUGGCUCCUCCCCUGGGUUGGGCGGAGACUUUUACCUGGACCCUGAUGUGGGACCACCUGUCCGCCCACUUCGCUCUCAGUCCUUCCACACAUCAGGUUCAUCCCAGCCCUACACUCCUUCUACGUCCCAUUAUCCCCAGUACCCCAAACCUGAUGCCCUGCCCCUACUUCCUAAUCAGAUACCCACAAUUCCUCCUCAGUACCCCAACCCCCAAUACAUCCCCAACCCACCCUACUCGUACCCCUUCAUGGUCAACCAGACUCUUAAAGGCUCCAUCAACCCAGCACCAAACCCUGUCCCCCAAAACCCAAGCAGCUCCAACCUCACCCCAUAUCCCACACCUCCCACACCCCAGCACUUGGUGGGUGAUGUGGUUCCACCUGAGAUCAGCCCUUUGCCACCGCCUGGUGGCCACCCCAUGCCUCCGAACACACAGACGCCAGGAAUCUGGCCUGCCCAUUCCCAGCAGCCACUCUUCUCCCUGGCCAAUGUGCUGUCUCUGGCCAUGACCAUGGCGCAGUCCUUCAUACCCCCAACAACCAUGCCAAACGGCUUGCCCCAGGCUUACAUGCCCCCGCUGGCACCCCAGCCAGGUUACCCAGCCAUGUUUGGAGGCCAGCACCCUGCAGCAGGUCAGAAAGAAUCUCCACCUCACCAAGAUAUGUACCAGCAUCAGGAGGCCCAGUCACCAGCUCAGGCUCCAAGUGCGACCAUCACUACUCCAGAUGUGCCAGGACCACAAGGGGCAGGUGGCCAGACCGGCGUGAGCCCUCAGGAGGGGCAGGAGAAGAGCUCCUCCACUUCCUUCUCAUCAUCAUCAUCAUCCCCUUCACCAUCCUGCAACUCCAGCGAUUCGUCCAGCUCAGCCACACCCCAGAACACAGUGAGAGCCCUGGAUAUGGUAUCUCCGCCCAGCCCCAGAAACUCUCAGAGUGUGUGUGAUGCCAUGGCUAAAGAAAAACUGUCUCCUAUAUCAGAGGAGCAAAAACCCGCCCUCACCGUGGGACGCUUCCAGGUCACUCCCAGCACAGACGAGACCACGCCCAUAACCUGCACUCCCCGCCCCCCAACACCUCCUCCAGCGUCAGCCCCUUCCACCAACAGCCAAUCAGACAGCAGCACUGAGGAGCAGGGCGAAUCAGAGACCAGCCUCAGCACCAUCUCCGUGUCUCCUCCUAACAAACCCUCAGACGUGGGCUCGAGCAUCGCCCCCUGCUGGGGUGGACAAGCAGCGACCUCUGAGAGUAAAGAGCAGGACGCUGAGGAGGAGGAAGAGAAGGAGGAGGAAGAGAAGGAGAAGGAAGGAGGUGAAGAGGGGGGCAGAGAGGGAGAGACGAGGCAGAGGAGGAUCAGUGUGAGCCUCAUGGACGGAACGACGGCAGGGAUAGUGAUUGGAAACGUGAGUCAGCCGUGGAUCAGCUACACGCGCAGCGCCUCGUACGCCAGCAGCGACGAGACCGAGAGCGACAACGAGGACAUGUGGGAGGAGCUACAGGAACUCCGCGAGAGACACCUGGGGGAGGUUCAGGCUCUCCAGGCGUCUCAGAAGCGAGAGAUUGAGGAGCUGUAUGAGAGGAUGGGGAAAGUUCCUCCUCCGGGCAUCGUGUCUCCGGCGGCCAUGUUGUCCAGCCGACAGCGGCGUCUCUCUAAGAGCGGAGGCUUCCCUUCAUCACGCAGGAACAGCCUCCAGAGACUCGACAUACUGCCUCCUACAGGUAUUAUGAGGAAGAACUCAGUCAGUGGCAGCAGUAACGGUUCUCAAGAGCGAGCAGCUAAAGGAGUGACCUUCGCUUCAGACUACAGAGUGUGAUCCUGUUCUCUUCAACAAUGCCUGUUAAUCCUUCCUGACCACACCGGCUGACAGGAAGUGACAUCACGGCCUUGUCUCAAGUCGUAACGCUGCUCCAUGUGGAAAAAAAUGACCAUGGAAUGUCAGUGUGAGUCUGAGUGAAAGGAAUGAGAGUGUGUUCAUUCCAUCAGCUGUACAUCAUCCGUGUGUGAAAAUCGAAGUUCCUUCUUAAAAUCUAAUCCCAAAACAGCUGAGGGGAAGGGGCGGAGUCAAUCCGGUCACAUGGGAUUUUUUCUGGCUACGAAUAGUUUGAGAAUCUCUGAUAUAAACCACAGUUAUGAAACAUUCUGUAAUUCCAACUGAAUCGUUUAUAGUCAAAAGCUAAUUUAUUAUUUGAUGUAAAUUUGUUGAUGAUACUGUGACGUGAUCAGUUACAACAUUUUUACAGCUCGUUUAUCACACCGUUAAAUCGCCCACAGAAGCAACAGAAUACGAUUGUUCGAGAGUCUGUCUUCAUGAUUUCAGAGGUUUAGGAAAUCAUUUUAAUGCUAAAAUUCUUCGUGAAAGUUUCUUAGACUGAAUUAAGUAAUUCAGAAUCUUCAUUAGGAUUCGUUCGGAUGUAACUGGGCGGUUAGCCGGAGUUAGCGUCAGCUUUCAGAUUCUUUGGGAAUACGACGUGUGGUCACAGAUCGUCAGGGGAGGGGCCGGUGUAAAACGCUUAAUCUCUCACACUCUUCCCUCUACGUUAAUUUCACGUUAAGCAUUUUCGCCUGAGUGGAAUCAGCUUAAUGUGUCUCAGUGUCUUAAAACAACAACCUAGAAAUUUCUCCACAAUUUACCGAUCGUAACUGUCUACUGUCAAAAUAACAGCCCCAAAAAACAGCUAUAAAGUUUCACGUUAAUCCUUUCCGUUAUAAACUAUUCUAAUAAACAUCUGUAAAGUGGAAUGUGGUGUUAAAUCAACACGUAUGUUUAUAUCUUUACAUACAUUCACGUUUCACGUGAAGCUUUUCACAAUGUUCACAGUGUGUGUGUGUGUGUGUGUAUGUGUGUGUGUGUGUCUGAACUGCAGCUCAGUAAAACCCCUCGCUCACACACUGACCUUGAUUUUUAUUUUUAUCUAAAUAAUGAACAAAUUGCUGAUUUUUAUGUUUUAUUUUGUAUUUGAUUAUAAAAAUCGCCUUUAUAACUGAAAUCGCCUUUAUAACGAGGACGUUUGUUUUAUGGAUCAUAGAACAAACACCUCAAACUUUUUGUUUUUUUAGAGCUUUUUGCAAAACGAGAUUUGCAUAAAGCCAGUUCAUCAUAUAACUCAAAAUUUCUCCAAUAUGAUCUUCUUCUUAUUUAUUAAUUUAAGAUUUAUUUUUCUUUUUGAGACAGAGGACAGUUAAAUAAAUAAAUAAAUAAAUAAAUAAAUAAAUGAAUUUUCAAUAAUUUUAAAUAAAUUUUACACACAUUUAAAAUAAAUAAAUAAAUAAAUAUACAAAAAUGAAUUUUCAUUAAUUUUAAAUACAUUUUACCUACAUUUAAAAUAAAUACAUUUUAAACAAAUUUAAAAUUCAGCAAAUGAUUAACUGAUUGAUUAUUUUAACUCCACAAGGUUCACUUACCUGCUUUUUUGUUUCUUUUUUAAUUUUUUUUGGCUUUUUUUUGUUUUUAUAAUUUUAGUGAUAAAACAUUCACAAACGUUCUAUUUAUAACAACUAAACCCUUUUUUGUGCUGGAUUUUUUUUUUUACUAAAUCAAGCAGGAGUGAUCACAUGACCAUCUCUACACUCUGGUAUGACUAAAGGACUAAAGUUCUGCCUUCAAGUGCAUGGCUUAUUAAUUAUUAACAACUUUAUUAACGUCUUCAGAUUCAGUUUCUCAGCUGGUUGAAUUUUAAGAUGAACGUAUUUUAUAUCGUAUCAGAAGUGUUUCUUUAUCUCUAAACCAACACGCUGCACUUUGUUCUGUAAACGCCACGCUCUGUAUACGUAAAUGAACUUUAACGUUAUACAUUUUAGCUUCUUCUCCCCUUCCUUCACCUAUGCAGUCCUGUACAUGAAAAAAAAGAAAAUGACAAUAUGAUAGAAAAAUGUGAUGAAA